AUGCCCAGAUCCUUUCUAGUGAAGAGCAAGAAGGCUCACAGCUACCACCAGCCCAGAUCCACAGAGGAUGACUACACUCUGAGACAGGAGAUCAUCUUGGCUCAUAUAUGUGCAGGUAUGAGCUGUCAGGGACCGCUGGACACAGUAUCAGUGCAGUCCAUAUGGGCCAUCAAUCUGUACAGGACACAUUGUAAUCACUGCAGUGUUCCAUAUUAAAUAAUUCUUUACCUGUACCCCUUUUACACAGGCUGUCAUCCACCACUACCCUGUAUUUGAGGCUUUCUCCAUACAGUGAAUCUAUGUUCAGUAUGGAUUCAAAGGUCCUUAAUUAUAAUGCAGAUAACAUAAAUGUUAUAUUUUAUGUAACACCCCAAAACGAAAUAAAGCUGUGUGACCCUUUAAAUUUAUCCCAUGCAUGCUAUUAAAUAGAUAUAUGUGAUGGUUUAUUAAUACCUUUAUAUGCACUGAUCUUACUAAACUACAACCUGGCUGCAUUUUAUGCAAUGACAAAUUGUAUUGUAUAGUUGGGGAAACACUGGCCAGGGAUGAAGCAAUUCAAUGCAAAUUAUUCCACAUUUCUAUUUUCCUGUUUUUUGUUUUUUUUUUGUUUUUUUUUUAUUAUCUGUCUCAAAUAAAUCAAUGGAGAUUAGCAAAUGCAGAUAAUGUUACAUACAUUUCUAUUUCCCAGUAGAAUUAUUUUUAGGCAAGAUACAUUAUAUCUUUAAUGUAGAAAUUGUUAGAUCGAAUGUUUAACGAAUCGAAUGUUUUGGCUACAAAUGUAAACAAUCGAAUUUUUGCAGAGUUUAAACAUUGCGAUUUCUAUAAUAACUACGAUUGAUGAUACUAUAUGCACUUUUAUUGUGGCUUUAAAAAAAAAAAAUGUAAACACGGGAAAAAUUAUGUAAAAAACCCAAAACAUAGUAAUUUAUAUUUUUCUAUAAAUCUUGACUCAUAUGAUCUGUAAUAAUUAAAUGCAAUGUACAGUAAUAGCGAUCGUGUCACAUGACCACAUCUGGUUUGUCAUACAAGUCUCCUGUCUGUUUCACUGCUCCCUCGAAUUUCAAGGAGACCAGAAUAUGAACGAAACUGCCAUUAUAUAUAUUCAUAUUCUCAUAAUUAUUAAUAAUUGUACCAAACCGAUACGAAAAAAUAAACCUCUUAAAUACUUAUAUUUCAUAUAUACACAUCCAGUAUGCAUAAAUCACACGUGUAUGAUUGCCUGUGUAUCUAUCUCUCUCACUAUCUCUCUAUCCUCCCUAAAUACCCAUUUGGGGGGAAAUCGCAGUCUAGUUGCAGAUGUUUGAACCCUUUGAUUUGAGUGAUGUUCAUUUUAUUUAAUGCCAUGCAUACCCUCUUGAUAAUUAAUAGGAUUAUGUGUACUAUUGUUGUUAUUAUAUAUUGUAUAGCAUGGCUUAUUGUAGCAGUAUGCAAGUUUUAUGAAGAAUUGAAUUUGAUACAUUUUCCUUUAACCCCUUAAGGACACAUGACAUGUGUGACAUGUCAUGAUUCCCUUUUAUUCCAGAAGUUUGGUCCUUAAGGGGUUAAUUCCAUUGAUGUGAUUGCUUGCAUUUUGUUGGUCUGUAAUGUUUGGCUUAUGUUGUAUUUCAUGCAAUGUACUUUUAACAGAGACCAAGGUCCUUCCUGAGGUCCAAGGUAACUUCUCCCCUGUGUCCUCCAACCUUGAAGAUGUCACUGAUGUGUCCUCAGACUCCCCCCCAAGCUGUGAGGGUAGUGUGUGUGAUACCACAGCCUCUGAGUAUGAAGAUUUCUGGAGACCCCCUUCUCCCUCAGUAUCACCAGGUAAUAAAACAUCCUUUCAAUGGAACUGAAAACUUGAUCUAUACUUGUAGCAGCUACCUAUAGGUCUCCUAGAUGAUUCUUAACUUAAAGUCCCAUGAUCCUUAUCCAUACUUGAAGAUUUAAGUGGUUCAAAAACAUCUGGAAUGCUAAGAUUAGACACCCCUGUUCUACAACGUCCCAUCGCCCCAUUGCUACAUGUCAUAAGGUAAAUAGCAGGACUAUAUAGCACUGGCCAGCUGUCCUGGUUAUAUGCUCACACAAUAAAUAUAGACUGAUAAGUGGGAUUAUAAAAUAGGCUGGCUUUAUAUUCCCCAGCUGUGCCUAUAAUAUUUUGUCCAUACAAAGUUUCCACUCUCAGAUGUUCUGCUAAUAUUGAAUCAGAAUUCGUGGCAGGUUACCCUUAGGAUACCCAGCCCUUCUAUUCCACACACACACAAAUCCUAUUGUGUUCUAACAGAUGUUACAAUAAUGCAACAAAACAGCUACAACUCGAUUCUAUAAACAUUGACUUUACCAGGUAAACCAUUGUACAUUGGAAGAUCAGUCUCUGCUGCUGCUGAAAUAUCUUGAUUUAUUCAUAGUCUGAAUUAGAUCUAAUCCAGCACAGAUUGGGAUUUAUUCAGUAACACUGGAAAUAAGACUGAAUUGACAACAGAAUGGCAAUAUUAUUUUUUAAUAGUUUAGUUGAAAUGUUUUUUCUACUUUGCCCUUAAUUCUGUAAAUUAACCCCACAUUCAUUUUCUCUGUAUUUGGCUAUUUUAAUAUGUACGAUCUAUGCAUAGUACCUGAAUUAAGUGUUUCUGUAUGGUUUCGAUAAAUGUCAGACUAUCCGAUUCCUGAAGAGGGCAAUGGGAAUAUUGCCAUAUAAUAUAGCAGUAGGUACAGAGCCUUAUUUAAAAUGUUUACGUUAAUGCAGAAUGAAUUUAUAACAUAUGUAUUAACGAAUCCACUGUAAAUAGACCUUACCCACUAUCACUGUGUUAUUAUCUUAUUCGGUUGGUAGUAAACAAUAACACAGAUUUAUAAACAGAUACAAUGAUCGUUCAUGUAAGGACAGUUAAUCGAAAUAGUUUCAUUGUAAUCAUAGUUGCAGCCCAUCUCUAGCAAGAUCUGUGUUUGGAAGAAACGAUAAAGGAAUCGAAUUUAACCCUUUGGGGUAUAAACCCAUUGGAGAGCACUAUUGAAUGCAAAGGGUUACAUGAAACCGUAUAGAUAUUUAAUAACAUUCCUGGGGCAGGGUUUGCACAGGCAGCUUUCAGCUUUAUUAACUUAUCAUUUUAGGAACAAAACAGACAAACUAAAUCUUUUCAAAUACACUUUGUAAAAAUAUUACAGUUUCCAUAAUCUGUGAUUGAAGACCUGCCAUGUGUAUUUAACUAACUAUAGCCAGAAUAUUUAUUUCGAAUCCAUUAUUAUUAUUAUUAGAUACGGUUUUUAAAAAAAUAAGAAUAUAGAAUUUCUCAGUGUAGUCUUGAAUUUCUAAAUAUUUUUUAAAUGACACCGAAAUAAUGUAUUUGUUAAUACACGUAGUAAUCGUAAUGAAUUAUUUUUAAAUCGAGAUUAAGCAGUUUUUAUUUUAUUGCUACUCAAUCUAAACGGUGGAAGAUCAUUUUCUGAUUUAUUCUCUCAACCUUGUGUCCGUGCUGAUUGAAGGAAGCAAAUGUGACAUGCCCUGUUUAACCUUUUCAGUGCCAUAGGAUGGCAGUCAGAGGGUUAAAUGACAAUCAGUAAUGAUCUACGAGAAGGCAAGCAGUACACCAUCAAAAAGCACACAAAAAAACUCUUUAAUUUCUAUUCUUAUCACUUAUUUUAGUAGUAGUAUUUUAUAAAGCGCCAACAUAUUCCGCAGCGCUGUAUAAAUCACAAUUUUUUUAAAUAUAUAUAUAAUAAAACACACUCACCUGAUCAUUUCUCACAGGUGUGCCAAAGGCAAAUGAUUUAUUUUGAGGCUUAAUCAACAACUGAGCCCCCAAGAUGACUUUAGGAAAUAGUAAAACAUUUUUCAACAGUAAAUCUACCUGUAUUUAAUUCUGAAAGCGAUGUGUAAUGAUUUGAUAUCAGGUCUGUUUCAUAAUGCAAUGUACAGGUGAUGAUAAAAGAAAAGAGCAUGUAAAAAGCUUGUAUUAUAUGCAGUGAUACCUUUUGAUAAAUGGCUCAGGCGCUUUCAUAUAGUAAUGGGAUGUGCUGUUACCUCCUGUUUCGAUUGUAGCUGUGCUAGUGAACUAGCUAUUACCGCCCCAGAGGACCGGGAAAACACUGACCCCUAGUGGUCAAUUGUAGAUGAGGCAAUAUGGGCAGUUAUUAAUCGGAUCUAGGUUUGGGUGUCUAUAUAGACUGUUGAGAAAUUGUUCAGAAUGUAAUUCCUGUAAUCACAAUCCAGUUUUAACACUGUGUCUACUGCAGUUGGGGACAAAGUUGACUGAUUUCAGUGGGUCACCAAUUUAAAUGAUUUUAAUGCCAUUCUAAUAGAGUCUUGUGAAAUUCAGAGAAAACCAACUUUAGCUAAUUUGUACCACCGAAUAAAAAAAGAAAAAGCCCCCUUUUUUCAGUCCUAUAAAAAACCCUCAAUGCUUAAUAAUUGACACCCAAAAUAAAAUAAAAUGGUAGAGCACAUUUUAAUCCUCACUGCCUUAUAUCAUUUUAAUAACUAAAAACAUAAAUAAAACAAGCUUAGAAAAAUAACUAAUAAAAAUCAAUUAAAAAGAGUUACUUUUUAAGGAAAUAACAUGUUCUGAAAACAAAACUACAUGCACAUACAAAUCUAUAGAAACUAUACACAUAUUAUUCCUUAGAAUAACAUAGGAGGUUUUUUUUAUAACUUAACUGAAACCUUAAACUUUUCACCUCAAUACUUUGUAAUUCCCUCUAGGUGUUAUAAGUGCUGUCACACAUCCUUUGCUGCAUAUAACACUUUUAGAUUUAAAUACAACACUAAAGAAUAUAGCUUUAUGACUCAAAUCUUACAUUAAUAUAAUUGAUCAAUUAGUACUGUACUAUUGUGACCCAUGUACAGGAAAAAAAAUAUAGAUAGAUAGAUAGAUAGAUAUCUCACCCAAAACAAUGAUACUGAGCCAAGUGAUACAAACGAAGGGAACUCAAAGAAUUAAAUAAUUUGUUGUUACAGAAAAAAGAAAAUUACACUUUAAAGUUUUUAGAUUUAUUUUUUUAUUGGGAAAAUUAUAAAAUUAAAUGUCUUUAAGAUUCUAUAAUUUUUUUGUCAAUCAAUAAUUUAUUGAGGUUAAAUAUUAUUGCGUACUAAUAAAUCCCAAAUGUACAGUACAAAGGGUCAGACGUAUAUUAAAAUUAGGUACAUAUAUGUACAAAAGUGACAUAUAAAAGAAUUUGAGUUUCACAUGAAUAGCUACUAUUUAUUUGAUUUUUGCAGAUAUUAUUUCUCCGGCGUCUAUUGUAUUUGCAUGGUACUGUGUGAUAGUCACUGUUAUUGGAUGAGGUCAGAAAUAAUAUACACUAAUUUAUUUGAUUGCCUACUUGUGAUGUCAUGCCAGAUCAGCUUUGUGUGUUCGUAUGAUUAGAGAUUGCUGCCACUGGAAGGUGCAAUCAUGUGUUGGAUUAUUACUAGAAGAUAGUAAUAUAAAGCUGAAAAAAAAUAAAAUGAGAAUAGUUAGGAAUUUUAGAUGAGUUCAAAGUGAAUUUCAAAUUUAAAGCCAAAAUAAGAAAAAACCUGAAAAAUUCAACUUAAUAUCCAGUUUGACUACUUUGGCAUACAAUUUGAAAUUUACUUCCAAUCCUCACUUUACUGAAUAACCCUAUACAUAUAUCUACAUGGAUAGUCAAUACCUAUACUCCAGUAUUUAAAGUCACACCAUGCCUUGCCAAGUAAAUUGUGGGGGAAGGGAAAGACUCUGAUAAUGAGCAGGUGUAGUGUAACCCCUUAAGGACACAUGAUGGAAAUUGAUCGUCAUGCUGGCCUUUUGAGACCGAGUCCUUCUGAGGUCUUAAGGUGUUCAUCCUGAUGUAUUCAGGUAUAAAUUGCAUUUACAGGUUCUCACUAAAGUGUGAAUUCUUAGGAAUUAAAAUUGGAUUACACAUUUUAGACCAAAAAUGCCACAAAAAGUUCUCCAAAAUGUGUCCACUGAAACUUGGAAAAACUCUGCUGGAAUAUUGACUAAAACAAUGUGAAUGGCGGAUCAUGACAAUAAAUAUGACAGAGUGGAAUAACCGUAUUCAAAUUAUAAUGAAAAAGUUGUGAAUGUUAAUAUUUUGUUCCACAAGAGUGGGCACUACAUGUCCCUGAAUCAUCUUCAACAUCAUUUCUAUACCCCAUGCAGUUAUGAGGUUUCCUGCUCUUGAAGGAUAGCAGAGGUUUCCUUUAAGUUAAUAAGAUUUUAUUGUCAUUAGUAAAAAACAAAAAACAAAGUGUGCACUAAUAUUUCAAUAAAGGUAUUCGUUUUCCCAAAAAAAUCAAGUGAAAAUGGAGUUCUAGCACCAAAUCAAACAACAUAUGAACUAGGCAAAGAUCAAUUUAGCAACAUUUGGUUCUAAAACCUUUUUUCAAAUGGCUCCAACCAAAUAUAACUCUUAACCUGACAGUCUAAAAGCCUUUUCUGUGGAAAUAUUUAGAAAGAAACUCAAGACUCAUCUGAUUUUGCAAGUGUUUUUAUGAACAUCGGUCACUUCUUAAUUUUAAUGUAAACUGCUGUGACAAAUGUGUUAAACAUUUUGAGUCAGAUUAAAAGUGUGAAUUGAUGGGGAUUAAAAAAGAAUUCAAAGUGAAUUUCAAAUUUAAGGCAAAUAUGAAAGCAAAGGCAGACAGCGGCCAGCUUCAAUCAAAGUGAAAGACGAAGUCUCAAUCAGCGAAUAAAAUUAAUUCAAUAUGUGCUUUUUAUGAUCAUUUAAAACCGUGUAUAAUUCAACAUGGGGGAGGACUGGACAAGGUGAGACUUCCUUUAGAAACUUUGAGUAAGUGUUGUCUCGGCAAGAGAGUUUUCACCCAUGAUGAAUAAUGCCACAUUUAAAAUAAAUACAAAUUCUUUGUAUGAUACAGAAUAAUGUGAGCAACUACUAUAAAAUAAAACCAGUCUCAGCUUUUCAAUUUUUCACAAAGAUAGUUAAAAAACCAAUUGAAAGGGAGAGAAAUAAUAUAUGAUAUAGAGGAAAAGAAAGAAAAGAGGGGUGGGGAACACUGUGAUAACCCCCAAAAAACACUAUACAAUAGAGAUGUACUCCUGCCAAGAAUCCCAUAUUUCAUACAUAGUAGAUGGUGCUGUGAACUGUAGCGGUUGGUUUAUUUAUUAGAUCAUUCUUAAUCUUAACAAUCAUUUCACAGAGAGGGAUGCAGAGUCCCCGAGCUAGGCCUCAACCAGAGCCCUCCAGGCCUUUAACCCCUUAAGGACCAAACUUCUGGAAUAAAAGGGAAUCAUGACAUGUCACACAUGUCAUGUGUCCUUAAGGGGUUAAAGUUACAUUAAUAAAAAGCCUCUUUUAACCUGGGAAGGAAAGCCCUGAAGCAACCGGGAUAGUAAAAAUAGUCAAUGAUUUAGUUUGAAAGGUAUUAGGUCACGUUUUAAAUGAUAAAAAAGCACCUAUUUUAUCAAUUUAAAUGCUGAUUGAGACAUCAUUCUUCUUUAGAGAUGCUGGCCACUGUCUGGUGUUGUUUGUGGCAGGACAAAGGCGAAGUCUCGCAAGCAAGAUACUGUUUCCUGAGAUGGUUUUUUACUUAUUGUGCCAGCCCUCUGACCAUUUUUAUUUUAGAUUUAAAAACAUAGCUUACUUUUAAAAAAAAAAAAAAUCAAUUCAGCUACUUUGGCCUCAAAUUUGAAAUUCAUUUUCAAAUUCCCUUUGAAUUCCUAUCAAUUCACUCUUUAGUGGAUAAAACUGCUGGAGUUGUUAUGACUCAAAGUAUCCCUUCUAUUAUAAGAUAAUAUAUUGUAUAUGACAGUGUGAUGUAACUUUUUUUUGUCCAUGUGUUCUACAGCUUCUGAGAGGUCGGCCUGCCCUUCUCUGGACGAGUCUCCACCAUAUCCGCUACCUUUCAAGCCCUUCACGUGGAAUGGUUUGGCAAACUCUGAACUCCGACAGCUGGUGCAGAACUGCAGGCCGGCCGGACUGGACAGGAGUUCGGCUCUAAAUAUCUAUGGUGAGCGGGAGCCACCUGCUCUUCCUCCGCCCCUCUAUAGCACAGACAGAUUGUAUGGGGACUUUGGACAAAGCGUGGGGCGUUUUGGGGAGUCCAGGGUGGCCCCUGGACUCUACGGGGACAAGGCUCAGAGCAUCAAGAUGGAAUCGGAUCUUCUGUGCACUCGCCUUUUGCUUAACAAUGGCUCUUACAAAUGUCUCAAAUGCAGCAAGGUAAUCGGCUUAUGAAUGUUCACAUGUUAUAUAAACUCUGUCGCCUUAACUUAAGACAGCAUGUUUACUAAUAUACUAGAAUUGUAUAUAUAGUUGCAUGGGCUGACUGUAUGUUAAUGUCAUUUGAUACUAAACACUUUUGAUUGUUAAGUCACGUUUUUCUUUUUUAGCAUAAUGAAAAGUUAAAGGAACACUAUAGUCACCUAAAUUACUUUAGCUAAAUAAAGCAGUUUUAGUGUAUAGAUCAUUCCCCUGCAAUUUCACUGCUCAUUUCUCUGCCAUUUAGGAGUUAAAUCACUUUGUUUCUGUUUAUGCAGCCCUAGCCCCACCCCCCCUGGCUAUGAUUGACAUAGCCUGCAUGAAAAAAAAACUGGUUUCACUUUCAAACAGAUGUAAUUUACCUUAAAUAAUUGUAUCUCAAUCUCUAAAUUGAACUUUAAUCACAUACAGGAGGCUCUUGCAGGGUCUAGCAAGCUAUUAACAUAGCAGGGGAUAAGAAAAUCUUAAUUAAACAGAACUUGCAAUAAAGAAAGCCUAAAUAGGGCUCUCUUUACAGGAAGUGUUUAUGGAAGGCUGUGCAAGUCACAUGCAGGGAGGUGUGACUAGGGUUCAUAAACAAAGGGAUUUAACUCCUAAAUGGCAGAGGAUUGAGCAGUGAGGCUGCAGGGGCAUGUUCUAUACACCAAAACUGCUUCAUAAAGCUAAAGUUGUUCAGGUGACUAUAGUGUCCAUUUAAUAAGGUAAACAAUUUCAAUCCUGAAAAAAAAUCUACAACAUUACAGGUCAUCAAGGGAUAAAGUACAGCCCUUAAGAACCAAUAAUGGGUUGGAUGAGAAAAUCUUGUGUUUAGAAUGCAAUGGGAUUUAUUUCUUGAAAUGUAAAUUGAUGGGAAAGUGCUAUUGGAAACUGUAUUUAUAGAUGAUUCAAAAAGAAAUCUUCAUCCCUGCAAUAAGGUUUUACCCAGAGGUUUUGGCCUAAAAUGUUGUAUUUAAAUUGUCAGUUCAGUGCAUCUGACUUUGUAGUGGAUAAACCCACUGGGAUCCAGUUUCAGUGCAAUGAUUCAUUAUAUGACCCAGUGUAUAUUUCUGAUAUCUAAACAACAUAUGAUAAUAACAUCUGUACGUUUAUUUGAUGACUGGAAAAGCUUAAAAUUAAUUCUUAAAAAAAAUAAAAAAUAUUUGCAUGCAUUUAAGGACAUUAACACACUAUAUUCACGAUAAAAAAAACGACACAAUAUUAUACAAGCUUUUUUUAGGAGUAUUUUAUUAUUUAUUACCAUAUAUAUGACGAAGAUAAGCAUUCAGUAUGAGUAGGAGAGAGACAGUACCUGACCCACUUCCAGUACAUUUGGCUGACAUCAUUAUUCUCCGUUUGUCCAGGUCUUUUCUACUCCCCACGGACUGGAAGUUCAUGUGCGCAGAUCCCAUAGUGGAACAAGGCCCUUUGCGUGUGAAAUGUGCGGGAAAACAUUUGGUCAUGCGGUCAGCUUGGAGCAACAUAAAGCGGUCCAUUCUCAGGUAAUAGAACACUGCGGUAUGGCACGUAACCCAUCUUCUUCUUGGUUCCAUGAAGAAAAUUAUGUUUUGGUCCACAGCCCAGCAUUUCCCACGGAGAGCAGGGUUUCUGUCCAUUUGGUAGCUUUUUUUUUUUUUUUACAAUUCUGCUAUUUUUAUCUAAAUAGAAUUUUUGGAUUGACAAGUCUCCACAGUUUGCGGUUUGAUGAAUAGACCCAUUAUUAACCUUUCUCUAUGACGGACUACUUUUAAGAGAUUGUAACAGAUGGGAUAUCGAUACAUAAUAGAUGUUAUAGCUAAACUGCUAAACCAGUGCAACAGUGUGUAAUAAUACUAAUACCAGCCAUGGCAGACAUUUAGGGGUUGUUGUAUACAUGUAUUAUGUAAAUUAAGGAUCAACAAGGACACAUUUUGUUACUUCUGUUGGUAGUAGUUUUUGUUAUAAUUUCUUUUUUUCCUUUUUUUUCCACAGGAAAGAAGUUUUGAUUGUAAAAUCUGCGGCAAAAGCUUUAAAAGGUCGUCCACACUCUCCACACACCUACUUAUCCACUCGGACACCAGGCCCUAUCCUUGUCAGUACUGUGGAAAAAGGUUCCACCAGAAAUCAGAUAUGAAAAAACACACGUUCAUACACACAGGUCAGUGUUGCGUGUGCUCUCCUGUAAUCAAUGGCAGCCAACUUACCUUGCGCAUUAUAGUAUUCUCUUUCUAAAAGAACAAAAAACGAUUUACAGUGAAAACUGCUUUUAAAAACUGUACUUCACUCUGAGGUUAGAGAAAAAUUCCAAGUGCCAUGUAACCUUAUAAGUGCCAUACAAGUGGCACUGUAGUAGUUAUGGUUCUAGGAGUGCCCUAGCAGUUUAGGAAUGGCAGGGCCAUACUCAUUGGCUGACACCCUCAGUCAUUGAGCAAGCAGCCCUGUAUGAUCUUCUGGUUCCGCAGACUUGGUGAUAGAUGCCUGGCAGACCCCAAGUAAGUUGUCAAACUAUUCUGUUUGAGGGCAGGGUGCAGUAGUCGUAGUGUUUAUUUAUUGUGAUUACUGAGAGUUUAGAGACUAGUACAAUGAUAGAACAGUGGAGCAGUUACCAUGGAGACCAAAGACACAUUCCUGCAGAUUAACUCUCUUUUUGGACUAUAAUACUCGAACAGCAAAAUGAGCAACAUUCUGCAGAUACAUCUGUGGGGGCGAAGCUUAAUAGUCAGAAAGACGAACAUGUUUCAGUUCUUCCUGUGGAUAGUUGCAGUAUGUAAACUAUAUAUCAUGGGUGCAUACUAAAACCAUUGAUACACUGCAGCAUGCACCUUUACAUAUACAAUAGUGUAUAUAGCGCCAACAUAUUCUGCAGUGCUGUGCAAUACGUAAACAAAACAGACACUACAUCCUACAAAAAAACAUGAUUGACAGACUGGAGCAGUAGGUGAAGAAGGUCCUGCCCAAAUGAGCUUAUAGUGUGACCAUUAAAACAGUGAUACACAUAUACACACCCACACACACACAAACACUGGAUACAUGAGCUCUUCUUGUCUCAGACAGCGAUUUGCAGCAGCAUUGUCAGUUCAUAACAUUUAUUAAAGCCCAUCCUGCUUUAUUCACCGUCCUAUCAAUGUCAUGACCUCCGGUCCAUCACCACUGUAUUAAACUCCCCAUGAACAAACAAUACGCGCAGAAAGAGGUUUGCCUUCAUUAGCAGCAUCUGUUCAUUAGCUGAAUCCUAGCAAUCCAAUCACUGUUGCUCUAAUAUGAUCCUCCCCAUGUUUGCUCAGAAGGGCUUUUCUAUAAGAUGAUUUGCACACUAUUGUGUUGAUUUGGACAUGAUUUGAAAAGCCUCGGAAAUGACAGGUGAGCACGGCUGACAGAUGCAGCGAGUACCCCACACCCCUCCCUCCCCCUCAUCAAUCUGCUGCAUUAUUGAAAUGAAUAUACAACAUACAAUGGGGGACUGAGCACUAACCCUUUCACUGCCACAGGGGUCUGAUGCUAGACCUGUAAGUUAUAGCAUGUUUUCCUUGCAGCGAAUGCUCAAAUCUUCAUAUUUUUUAUAAAGUAUCAGAGUGUAAAAAGCUGAUUUUGCAUGAUUACGUAAACUGUCUGUUGUCUUUCAUUUUGCCUAAAUAAUUGAGAAUUAAUUUUGGAUUAUCUGUCCAUAUAUCGUGAAAGUAAAUAGCUCACUACUUCUGUUGUAGGACUAUAACUACUAUGAUGCCAUGUCAGAUUUAUGGUGGAAUAGUGGAAUAUAUAGUUGUAGUUCUAUACCAGCCAUGUAUCUACCAAUUGGCUACUUCUGGUCUGUGUGAUGUCUAAGAGACAAGUCAAUGAACGCAUUUAAUAAUUUUGAAUAAUUAUUAAAUCACAUAAUUGUUAUGCCGUGUGUAUAUAUAUAUUUGUAAUUGCAUACAAGAAACUUAAAAUUGUCUCCUCUCUCUUUGCAGGAGAAAAACCACACAAAUGCCAGGUAUGUGGGAAGGCCUUCAGUCAGAGUUCCAAUCUCAUCACUCACAGUCGGAAGCACACAGGGUUCAAACCUUUUGGCUGUGACCUCUGUGGUAAAGGUUUCCAGAGAAAGGUGGAUUUGAGGCGACAUCGAGAAACCCAGCACGGUCUCAAAUGA